AUGUCAAUAAGACCGAGAGGUGGUCCAAUUGCACCUUCUUUAGCAGUUCCAUUCAAAGAUACAGCCAGUUUCAAUUUUGGAGAUGCAGUGUUCUGUUCUGGAUACAUGCUUUCUGGAAAUAGAAUUAUUAUUGCCCAAGAAAUCCUGGCUUCCUGCACUUUACAUGAGAAUCCAGAUGAGUGCAUUACAUAUGGACAAGGAUUAGAAAUGGGUUGUGCUUGCCUGAGACGGAUAAUAGAUUUGGGGUGUUUUUGGAUUUCACUUUUGAAGAGGUCGGAUUGUGUUUAUUCGACCAAUAACUUUCUCGAUUAUUUAAAGGAAGCCAGCAUUUCUUGGGCAAUAAUAAUUCUAUUUCCAGAAAGCAUGUAUCCAGAACAGAACACAGCAUCUCCAAAAUUGAAACUGGCCGUAUCUUUGAAUGGAACUGCUAAAGAAGGUGCAAUUGGACCACCUCUCGGUCUUAUUGACAUAGGAGAAAGUGAAGGUGGCUAUCUUUUCCGUGUUGCCCUUCCCGGUGCCAAGAGUAGUAACAUAGUUAUGGAUGUUCUUAUUCCUCUCGUCGAUGUGUUUAAGGUUGUCUUUGAAAAUCUCGAACCUGUGCAAUUUCUCUUCAAUGCUUUCAUAGUUCUUACUGUGUUUCUCAAUCCAUGA